CACGUGGGGUUCAACAGCGCUCUAAAGCCAUUCAUAACAAUCGGUUCAUGGCCAUAUAUAAAAUACCAUGACUCAAGCUGUUUUUCUCAGGUGUUCUGAAAGAUCUAGUGACAAGAUUAGACACCACGACAUUUCAACAGCACAUUUUUCCGGUUCAAAGUGAUUUGCUGAAGGCAUUUAUCGGCGGAAAUUGAUACAAUAACUCGUCAACUCGAGCAAUAAGCUGUCUCUGCGCAAUUCUUUUACUAAGGAUGCGGUAUAGAAGACAGAAGAAGGCUGGCAAUUUGGGUGUGCAGCUACUCUGAAGAUACUGAAACUUCGCGGAGCCUACAGAAGAACAGUUCUGCUCUGAAGAUGAGUUCUGUUGCGGCACUGCCCCUGGCCCUGGCCGGGUACGCGGCGAACGCUGCUUCCAGCGUUGCGUGGUUCUUCCCCGUGCUAGUGGCUGCCAUCGCGUACUUCCACUACGAACUCCUCGAUCCUGAGUCUCGACCCAUCGACGUGGCCACAGAGCUUCUACAUCCGGAGUAUGAUUUUAUUAUUGUGGGAGCAGGCUCUGCGGGUGCUGUACUCGCCAACAGGUUGACAGAGAUGGAGAACUGGACAGUUCUGCUGCUGGAGGCUGGGGGAGACGAGACAGAAAUCUCAGAUGUUCCUGUACUGGCAGCCUACUUACAGCUCAGCAAACUUGACUGGAAGUACAAGACGGAGCCUCAAGGAACCGCCUGCCUCGGAAUGAAGCAUCACAGGUGCAACUGGCCCAGAGGGAAGGUGAUCGGGGGGUCCAGUGUCCUGAACUACAUGCUGUACGUACGAGGGAACAAGAAGGAUUACGACAUCUGGGAGUCGCUAGGCAACCCAGGCUGGGGCUCCGAGGAAGCUCUCUAUUAUUUUAAGAAGUCGGAAGAUAAUCGCAAUCCCUACCUUGCUAGGACGCCCUACCAUUCUACCGGAGGGUACCUCACGGUGCAAGAAGCGCCGUGGCACACACCACUAGCAGCCACCUUCGUUCAGGCGGGCGUCGAAAUGGGGUACGACAAUCGAGACAUCAACGGAGAGUUCCAAACAGGCUUCAUGAUCGCGCAGGGCACGACGCGACGAGGGACCCGCUGCAGCACGGGGAAGGCUUUCUUGAGGCCAGCACGCCUCAGGAAGAACUUACACGUUGCCAUGGACUCCCACGUGACAAGAGUUCUCAUAGAGCCGGUCACCAAGAUGGCGUUCGGGGUUGAAUUCAGCCGCGAGGGCAAGCUCCACGUAAUCCGUGCCAGAAAAGAGAUCAUCGUUAGCGGGGGAUCCGUGAACUCCCCACAGCUCCUCAUGUUAUCUGGCGUCGGUCCACGUGCACACUUAGAGGAGCUGAAGAUUCCUGUGAUCCAGGACCUGAAAGUAGGCUACAACCUCCAAGACCACAUUGGACUCGGUGGGUUCACCUUCAUGGUAAACCAACCCGUGUCCCUCGUCCAGAGCAGAUACGAGAACGUCCCCUCUGUUCUCAAAUACGCCAUGUUCGGCGACGGUCCUCUCACAGUCCUGGGAGGGGUAGAAGGACUUGCCUUCGUCAGCACCAAAUAUGCGAACGCAUCUGAAGACUUUCCUGAUAUCGAGUUCCAUUUUAUUUCCGGAUCCACCAACUCCGAUGGAGGACGCCAGAUUCGCAAAGCUCACGGCAUCACAGAAUCAUUCUACAACAAAGUUUUCAACCCUAUCAACAACAUGGAUACAUGGAGUGUCAUUCCUGUACUACUGAGGCCAAAAAGUCGUGGAGUAAUCAAACUGAGAAGUAAAAAUCCAUUUGACUAUCCGCUCAUCUAUCCGAAUUAUUUCUUCGAUCCGUACGAUAUGUCAGUUCUUGUAGAAGGUGUUAAAAUCGCUUUGGCCAUGAGUAGAACGCGGUCAUUUCAGAGGUUUGGUAGCAAACUUUACGAAGUCCCUUUCCCAGGCUGCACACACAUAAACAAGUGGACUGAUGCUUACUGGGAGUGCAUGAUCAGAGCAUAUUCAGUGACAAUUUACCACCCUGUAGGAACUUGUAAAAUGGGGCCUUACUGGGACCCUGAUGCUGUUGUUGAUCCAGAACUAAAAGUUUAUGGGAUUAAAGGUCUAAGAGUGAUAGACGCUUCAAUAAUGCCAACACUCGUCAGUGGUAACACAAAUGCACCCGUCAUUAUGGUAGCCGAGAAAGGCGCUGAUUUAAUCAAGGAAUAUUGGAUGAAGAACACAUGAAGGUUUUAGUGCUGAUUAUACAGUAGGCGUCUGACAAGUUUUGGUGCCGAAAGCACUGAGUGGACAUUUGUGCGCGUGUACCACAGUUUCGAAGACAGCCGAGAACCCAUGCGUCCAACUGACGCUUAUAAUACACUGAAACACAAAGAGGACAAAAAUAAAACAACCGUGUACCUACCCGGUAAUGCCAGUCAUUCUGUUCAACAACGGUUGUCUUCACCCUGAAACUACCUGCGUUUCGUGUCACAAAACGCAAGAGCAGAACAGUCUGGCGUGAAAGCUAAUUUCUAAACAUCCUGUGUAAUUUCCUAAAAUGGCCAGUUACACUACUCAACUUAAUAUCAAUAUUAUGU